AUGGCCGAGUCCAUAAGCGAUGCUGACCGACCCAAGGUGGCAGACGAGAAGAGCGAGCCCGUCGUUGAGGGUCAGGAUGUCGAGACCGGCCAUCUACAAGAGCUGGAGGUCGAUCUGGCCGAGGCGCUGAAUGAGGGCAACAAGGAGAUGGAUCUGGAUGCCGAUCACUCACCAUACCCCGAAGUCCGUGGCGUUGUUCCGGAGGUCGACGAUCCCAGUAUUCCGGUGAACACUCUCCGCAUGUGGAUCAUUGGCUAUGCUUUCACCAUGCUCGGCUGCGGCAUCAACAACUUCUUUUCUUUGCGCUAUCCGUCCGUCCAUAUCGUGUCUCUCGUGGCUGAACUGCUGGCCUACCCGUGUGGUGUUUUCCUGGCUCAUGUUCUGCCCAUCUGGACCGUCAAUCUCGGCCCUCUCGGCAAGUGGUGCAUCAAUCCGGACCACCACUUCAACAUCAAAGAGCACACCGUCAUCACCAUCAUGUCCAAUGUCUCAAUCGGCUUUGGCAGCGCCGAUGCCACCAACAUCAUUCAGGCGUAUAGUAAAUUCUACGGCUUCCCCAUGCGUACCGGCCUCAACAUCCUGAUGGUUCUGUGCUGCCAACUUCUCGGAUUCGGUGUUGCCGGUCUCUCCGCCCCCUGGCUGGUUACUCCCGCAAACAUCAUCUGGCCCGGUUCUCUGUCCAUCUGCGCGUUGCUGAGCACCCUCCACUCGCGUGCCAAUGUAAUAGCCAAUGGCUGGAGAAUCACGCGUCUGCGCUUCUUCAUGUACGUCAUGGCGGGUGCCUUUGUGUGGUGGUGGUUCCCGGGCCUGAUGUUUGUUGCGCUCUCUUACUUUACCUGGGUUUGCUGGAUUGCUCCCAAGAACCGGAUUGUCAAUCACUUGUUUGGGAUGCAGACGGGGCUUGGCCUGAGCCCCAUCACCUUUGAUUGGACCCAGAUCGCGUACACAACCAAUCCGCUACUGUCUCCAUCUUGGGCGGCCCUGAAUGUCUUUUUCGGUUUUGUCGGAGCCUUCUGGAUCAUCGUGCCGGCAAUUUACUACACCAACACCUGGUGGACCGGCUAUCUACCCCUGAUGACUGCCGAUGUCUAUGACCGUACCGGCCAGGCUUACAAUGUCACUAACUUGCUCAAUGACGAUGGCUCUUUCAACGCCGAAAAGUACGCCGAGUACUCGCCUCCGUACCUCGGAGCAUCUUUCGCAUUCGUCUACGGUCUUUCUUUUGCAGCCCUGACUUCGGUCCUUGUGCAUAUUGGUCUCUGGCACGGCAAGGAUAUUUGGCGAACUCUUCGCGUCGGUCAAAAGCUGGACAUUCAUGGCCGGUUGAUGCAGGCAUACAGAAAGACGCCGUGGUGGUGGUACGCUGUGGUCACCGCCCUCACCCUCGCCCUAGCCAUCGUCAUGGUCGAGGUCUAUGACACACUACUUCCCGUCUAUGGCGUCUUCCUCGGCCUAUUAAUCCCUGCCGUCUACAUGAUUCCAUGCGGGAUCAUCCAAGGAAUUACCAACGUCGACGCGCAGCAGCUCAACGUCCUCAGCGAAUUCAUUGGUGGUUACAUGUUCCAAGGCAAGCCGCUGGCCAACAUGAUCUUCAAGACGCUCUCGCAGGACGUUGUCCAGCAAGGUCUCUUCUUCGCCCAAGACAUGAAGCUCGGCCACUAUAUGAAGGUGUCGCCGCGUCUCGUUUUCGCUGCGCAGGGAAGUGCAACUGUGCUGGGCGCGCUGACCCAAGUCGGCGUCACCACUUGGAUGCUGGGUAACAUUGACGACAUUUGCAGCGAGGAUCAAGCAAGCGGCUUCACUUGUCCACAGGGCCGGACCGUUUUUUCUUCGUCCGUCAUCUGGGGGUUGAUCGGGCCUGCGCGUCUGUACAGUGUGGGCAAGAUAUAUUCCGGCUUGCUCCAUUUCUUUUGGAUCGGCGCGCUCACGCCCUUGACUACAUGGGCUGCGUGGAAAUACACCAAGAAAGACUGUUUUAAGAAGAUCCACUGGCCGUUGAUAUACGUCGGGACAUCGUUGGUCCCGCCCUCGACCGGCAUAAACUACUCUAGUUGGGCCGUUGUCAACUACAUCUUCAACCACUGGAUCAAGAGGAAGUUUUUUGCAUGGUGGGCUAAAUACAACUAUGUGUUGGCUGCCGCUCUCGACACAGGCACAGCGCUCGCCGGCAUCGUUAUUUUCUUCUGCGUCACGUAUCCCGGAGGUGUCUUCCCUGACUGGUGGGGCAACACUGUUUACUUACAGACGGCGGAUGCCGACGGCGUGCCGUACUUGGACAUGCCAGCACAAGGAUAUUUCGGCUAUGCAAACGGGACAUGGUCGUAG